AUGGGGAGGGGAUUGAAAAUAAUUGAGGAUUUUCAACCAAGCAAAGAGAAGAUGAACAUGGUGGUUAUCUUCAAGUAUUUGAAUAGCUGUUGUAUGGAACGGGGAUUAGAUUUGGACCCAGAAGCAGAACCAGAAGCAAUGGAUACCAAAUGUGGAAAGAUGGAUUCAGGCUUGAAGCAAGAAAGAUGUAAUCAGAGGGAGAGCUCUUCAGAAAACACUAUGCUAGGUGUUCUCUUUGCCUUGGCUAUCUUUGUGAUCUUUUGUGAUGCUUGGUGCACAGUAACACCCUUGGAGAUCAGUCCAGGGGGUGGAGCAGAAGGUUGCAUGGAUUCUAAUAGUGUAAUGCACAACUUUGACACUCAAUGGGAAUCUAAUUGUAUGAGCUGUUCAUGUGAUGCAAGAGUUGGACUAAGUUGCUGCAGCAAGGUGAUGAGGCCUACAGGCUAUGACGAAGUUAAGUGCAAGGAAAUUUUCAACAAGGAGACCUGUACAAUUGCUGUUGUAGAGAAGGUCGAUCCCACUGUAUCCUGUGAAGUCACAGGUUCCAUAGGUUAA